AUGCCAGCGCCGUCCCCGAUUGAUGCGAGUGUUGGAGAGUCGUCUCAUCCUUCAAUUGACGACCAUCCAAUCUACCUCCAGAUGCUCCUGAUGCUCCUGAUGCUCCUGCUGCAGCCGUUCAAUCCAACUGCAGUGCCUCCCGUCCGCUCCUCCGCCCCGCGCUUGCCCGCUUCUCGUCUCUGGAAUCCCAUCAACUCCUCUCCUCGAAACGUCCAAGUACCCUUCCCGAGCGUCUCGAACAUCCCGAACGUCCCGAUCGCGCAUCCCGAGGUCGCCCACGACGCGCCUCCACGCUCCAAAGGUCGAGACGACUACCCUCUCCUUACGCUUCCCGAACAGCGUCGCAGUCGAGCAAGCCUCACCCAUUCCUCCCUUGUCGUCGAGCCGUCUGCCGGCGGUGGGAGUGGUAGGACAAGCAUAGCACUGCCGCCGGACAAGCGCAGUAGUCCGCCCUCCGCGCCGACCUCUCCGCUACAUCCACCACCAACAAUGUCCGGCGCAUUGGCUAAGGCCGCUGGCAUUGAGGAUCCUCCUCCGCGACCCGAACCCUCCAGCCAGCCGCACGACCUCGAAGCCGGCCUCCCCGUCCUCAAACCCUCUACCUCGCGCGCCUCACUACCUCUGCACCGGCAGCGGACAAAUUCCCAGCCCGCUUCCGUAAGCGGCAUCCCGCCCACCUCCGGCGCCGGCAUCGGCCCCGACCCAGGCGACGGCGACCCAGACGACGAAUACACCUGGGGCCCCUCGCACCCCUGCUUCCCACACCCAAACCCCCACGUCCCGCUCUCCUCGCCGCUCGCCGAAUCCACGCGCAUCAUCCGUGUAAAGCGCGACUGGAUGGUCGCCGGCGACCUGGCCCCCGCAUUCGUGAAUCUUUACCCCGAGGUGCUGGACCCCGUGCUCAGCGAAGAGGCGUUCCGGGAGAUAAUCGCGCAUGUGAACCGGGAGCUCGUGGACGCGUUCGAUCCGUGGGGGUGGCGGAACUGGGUCGAUGCUGUGCUGGGCGUUGCGACGUUGUGGGUGUGGGAAGAUCUGGGGCUUACGGGGGUCAGGAAGAAACUCAGAGCGUUGGAGGAGUGGAUUGAGCGGUGGAACAGGGAGGUAGGCGCCAAGGAGGGGGUUCGGAUCAUUGAGUUGAGGCGGACGGCGUAUAUGGAUCUCGACAUACAAAUCCCGGAUCCGCACAUCGAAACCGAUACCCGCGCUUCAAGACCUGCGACCAGCGACUCCACUCCUGCACCUGCAAUAGGCCUAGUACCGCCACCGCAGGGCCAUGGCGACUUCGGGCCUUAUCCCGUCGGUCAAAUACCCGACCCCAGCGCGUUACGGUCGAUUGGGAGUCAGCAUCUGCCGCCGGGCGUCGCCGUUGGCGGGCGAUAG